AUGAAUAGUCAGAUGCACAACACAAAUGUCAUUUUGAACACACCUACAGAGAGUGGUACCAGUCGCGUGUUUAAACACAUUGAUUUGCUGGAUCCGUCUGGGUUCGAUAAACAUUGCAAAAGUUUAACUCCAAGCCAAUUGGAGUUUGUACACUUGAUUCAAGAAUGGUUUCAAGCACCCCACCCUCUCGUGUGCCUUGUGACAGGAGGGCCGGGAACCGGCAAAACCUUUACUGUCAUCCAAACUUUAUAUUUUGUAAACGCCAACAUUUUAAAGGUAGCUCCCACCAACAAAGUAGCGAGAGCAAUUCGAGGCAUGACCAUUCACACUGCUUUUCAAUUGAAAUGGGUCGAAGGAACACGUUUGCACUCCAUUUCAGAAACCAUCAAUGGUCUCGAUAACAAAGAUUUCGAACAUGACGCGUAUAUCUCUACCUGUUUAAAAGCGAGUGCCGACAUUUCUGAAAAAGAAUUGAAUUGUCCCUAUUCUGAUCUGCACAUGGUGGUCAUUGACGAAAUUGGUAUGGUUCCUUUUUGGUUGACCUAUCAAUUGAUAGUUUAUUUAUUUAAAACAUUUCGCCCUCUAUUGAUUGUGCUCAUGGGUGAUGAGCAUCAAUUGAGACCUGUACGAUGUUCUUACAAUGUGUUUGAUGUGAACCUUCCCGAUAUUCCCAUGAAGCGAAUUACAUUAACCGAAAAUAAUCGGUUCACGCCAGAAUAUCAAGUAACCAUUGAGCAACUGAAAAUAUUAAUAAACCAUUUCGAACAGAUGACGCACUACGUUCGUUGCCAUUACCCUGUGUACAACUAUAUGACGGAAACUUUGUUUCGAAAAUGCAACGCUAUUUUAGCAUAUCAAAACAAUUCGGUGGCGAGAUAUAAUGAACAGUAUUUAGAUUUACUUCCAGGUCCCAGUAUUUUGUUGUUGAAAUUGUCGACUCCUCAAACGUUUGAAGAAGCCAUUCGUGUGAAAAUGGGGUGUCGAGUCAUGUCAACGAGUAAUAAAAACGUGCCUAAAGGGACGGUCAUGACGUUUAUCAGUUAUGAUAAUAAAAAUGAUACUAUUACGUGUCAAUUAUCCGAUGAAAAAUUCGUAACCCUUUUGCGAUCCAGCUACACAUCCAAUUUUCCUAUUGAAAUGGCAUUUGCAACGACAAUUCAUAAAUUUCAAGGAGAUACAAUUGACCACUCAAUUGUAAUUGACUUCGAUUAUGCAACAAAUGCUCAUUUAGUGUAUACUGCAUUGAGUCGUGUCAAGAGUUUACACCAAAUUUUAGGUAUUGUACAUAUGGUUUAA